AUGGCAAGGAGACGAAUCGAAUCUGAUAGAGGCUCAAUCAACCCAGAUAAUGAUCACAUGACUACUGAAUUUAGAUACGGUGGACAUUUUGUGCACACUCCAAGAACCCAUUAUAUAAAUGAUGUUGAUAGGUUGUCUACAUUAGAAAUUAAAGACAUGAUACAAGAGUUGGGUGUUCAAAACUCCAAAUAUUUUUAUUACACACUUCCAGGCCAUGGACCAGCAAAUGGUCUUUAUGCAUUGGAGAAAGAUGAACACAUUUUAGGUUUUGUGAGCUCAAUACCUAGGAAUAGGCAAAUGACUGUCUAUGUAGAGCAUGAUAGUGAUGUUCAUGAGGUUAUUGGUGACUUAACCCAACCACCAAAGUCACAAGCUAAUAUAGAUUAUGGAGAAUCAUUUAAUGAAAUCCAUGAUGACCUGUUUAGUCAAGUUGAUGAAAAUAGGCACCCAUCCUGCCCUGUGCAUAGAUCCGCCACUGAGUAUGAAUAUGACGGUGAUGGUGAUGAUAAAACAAAAGGUUCCAAUUAUGAGGAAAGUGAUAAUGAUGGUAAUAAUUCCGAUUCUGAAUUUUAUGAUGAGGACAAUGAUGCCAUGUUGGACAAUGAUAAUUUCUAUGAUCAUGCAGUGGAUACACUACAGACUUUCAUCGGAUGUGGCAAGAAACAAAAAAACAAUUGGGAGGCAGAUAUACAGGUUGAGGAUAUGAACAUGGAUGAAAAGCAAUAUAAUUCAUAUGAGUUACAUUCAGCAUCAAACUCUGAUGAAGAAGGAACUACUCGUAGGUUGUCUGCUAAGUGCAAGGAAGGUUGUAAGUGGAGGUUGUAUGCUUCUUUGAUGCAAGGAGAAAACACUUAUCAAAUUAAGAGCUAUACUCCUAAGCAUUCAUGUUCCAAAGGUUUCCGUAACAAAAACAUCACUUCAACUUUUCUUUCUCAAAGGUAUAUGAGUAGGAUUAAAGAUGAUCCUAAGAUUAAAGAUGAUCCUAAGAUUAAAAAGACAAAGCUUCAAUCAGAGGUUCAUAGAGAAUUGGGAUAUGAAGUUUCUACAUAUCAAUGUUAUGAAGCUAAGAGGAAGGCUCAAACUUUGAUUGAGGGAACUUAUGCUUAA